AUGCUUUGGCCGAAGGAGUCUCGGAAAAAGAAGAUCCUUAUCGGCGCCUUGGCUGUAUCGCUUGUGACAGUAAUCCUCGGUCUUGGACUCGGUCUUGGACUGGACUUGCAGAAAUGUCGAAAUAAAGUUGUGCCUCAGGUAUCCUGCAGGACUCGCUGUAAUGAACCUUACGAUGGCGACGUCCCUGGCUGCAGAUGUGAUGCCAACUGCCAAUCCAGCAAAAGCUGCUGCUUUGACUACCAUGACAUCUGCACCGUACCUACCGAGCAGUGGGAGUGCACAAAGCUGCGCUGUGGAGAGAAGAGGUUGACGGAGAGCAAGUGCCAAUGCUCCGAUGACUGUCUGUCUGCAGGAGACUGCUGCACAAACUACCAACAUGUCUGCCACGGAGAGAAACAAUGGGUGGAAGACGUGUGUGAGAACCUGGCAGAGCCCAAAUGUCCAGCAGGCUUUAAGCAGCAGCCUCUCCUCCUCGUCUCUUUGGACGGACUGAGAGCUGAGUACCUGCAGACGUGGAGCACACUCAUCCCUGUUCUGGACAAACUCAAAACGUGUGGAACCUCGACUAAGUACAUGCAGGCAGCAUUUCCCAGCAAGACGUUCCCGAAUCACUACACCAUCGUUACGGGUCUAUAUCCAGAGUCCAAUGGUUUGAUUGACAACACCAUGUACGACCCGGUGUUUGAUGCCACCUUCAGUCUGUCCGGUCCAGAGAAAGACAAACCUCGCUGGUACCACGGACAGCCUAUUUGGCACACAGCAAAGUAUCAAGGCCUGAAAUCUGGGACUUUCUUCUGGCCAGGAUCAGAUGUGAAAAUUAACGGCAGCUAUCCCGACAUCUACCAGCCUUACAACGGUAAAGUGCCAUUUGAAGAAAGAGUAUACAAUGUGCUGAAGUGGCUGCAGCUGCCAGAUGAUCAAAGACCAGAUUUCUACACGUUGUAUCUGGAGGAGCCUGAUAAAUCUGGACACAGCUUCGGUCCCGUCAGUGGAGGGCUGAUUGAAGCACUGCAAGGUGUAGAUCAGAUCAUUGGCCAGUUAAUGAAUGGACUCAAACAGAUUGGCCUUCACCGCUGUCUCAACAUCAUCAUCGUGGCGGAUCAUGGUAUGGAGGACACAAGCUGUGACAGGAAGGAGGUGCUGCAGGAUCUGGUGGGUGAUGUCAGCAACUAUUAUGUCAGUGAAGGACCAUUCGGACGCAUCAGAGCGAGGAACAAAGACACAGUCUUGGACUCAGCAGGACUUGUUGCUAACAUGACUUGCAAGAAGCCAGACCAAAAGAUCAAGCCGUACCUGAAGGCCGACUUACCGAAGCGCCUCCACUUCGCCAACAGCCGUCGCAUCGAAGACGUCAGCGUCCUGGUCGACACACAAUGGCUGUUUGAGAGAUAUCCUGGAUCUGUCACGUUUUGUGCCGGUGGGACACACGGCUAUGACAACGAUGCCGAGAGCAUGCACGCCAUGUUCCUUAGUUACGGACCCAAGUUCCAAUACCAAACAGAAAUUGAGCCAUUCUCCAACAUUGAGCUGUACAAUCUCAUGUGCGACGUUCUACAGAUCCCCCCCACUGACAACAACGGGACCCAUGGCAGUAUGAACCACAUCCUGAGGAAGCCCUACUACACACCGCUGUCCCCUGUAGAGCAGAGCGGGCCUGCUGAAUGCCCACUACUCAGCCUCGACCCUACAGACACCCUCGGAUGCUCCUGUCCUGGACUGAAUGAAAGUGUCGCUAACAGCCGCCUGGAUCUGACAGCAGAAGAAAAGACUGCUGCAGAGAAGAAGCACAUGCUGCUCGGUCGUCCAAAGAUGCUGCAGCCUGACCAGAGUUACUGCAUCCUUCAUCAGGAGGGAUUCAUCUCCGCCUACAGCCACAAAGCUCUGAUGCCCCUGUGGAGCUCCUUUACCAUCGACAAGCCGUUGAACUUGGACCCAUUGUCUCCGGUGACUCCAGGCUGCUUGAGGGCUGAUGCCAGACUUCCAGCGUCCCAGAGUCCCAGAUGUGACCAAUAUCAAGCUGCUGGGAACCUGACACACGCCUUCCUGUACCCACCCAAUCUGAAUGUGACAGUGGACCAGCAGUACGAUGCUCUACUGAUGAGUAAUGUGGUGCCAAUGUACCCUGAGUUUAAGAAGAUUUGGGACUACUUCCACGGCACCCUUCUAAAGAAAUACGCCUCCGCUUACAAUGGUAUUAACGUGGUGACAGGCCCCGUCUUCGAUUACAACUAUGAUGGCCAAUACGACACUCCAGACCAGAUCCAGCAGUUCGUGUCUGGUACCAACAUCCCCGUCCCUACGCACUAUUUUGCUGUUCUGACCAGCUGCAGAGACUCAGCCCUGCCCGUCAGCGCGUGUGACAAUGAGCUGCAGACUGUGACGUUCCUGUUGCCUCAUAAAGCCGAGAACUCUGAGAGCUGCAAAAGUACAGAAGCUGAAUCUCUCUGGGUAGAAGAUCGCAUGUGGUUCCACCAAUCACGAGUCAGAGAUGUUGAGUGGAUCACGGGAUUGGACUUUUACCAAGGCAGCAAUCGACCAAUCCCUGAGCUGCUGCGAGUGAAGACCCGCCCCACCGCUGCUAUUCAAAGAAAACAAUGAAAAAACAAUUUUAAGAAUAAAACUUUUAUAUUUUAGGGAUAAAAACAAUAACAAAGAUUCAUAUUGUUAAACUUGUCACUGUGUUAUCACCAAUGGUAUCUAUAAUCACAGAUUGACAUUGUGUAUUUAUUUAUUUCUUAAUUUUAAAUUGCAUUUUUUAUAUGAUUUAAUACUAUUAUAUUCCUGUUGCCAUGAUCUAUUGAUUUUUGUUAUUUAAGGGUUUGUUUCUUGUAAAGCUAAGGUUAGACUGACCAUUUCAAUUAACAUUAUUAAUAGUUUAACUUAAUAGAUAAAUGAAAAGUUUCUCUUAUAGAAUACCUGAGCUGAGUAAAAAGAAAAAAGGAUUUGAUUGUUUUUUUUCUUUUUUGCUGUGAGACAUAAACUGUAAAUUACAUCCUGCAAAGUGAGAAUAAUUAUGACAUCACCAUGGCAGGUUUUAAAAGCCACAGUCUUAUAUUUUUUACACCUAUUUGCCUGUAUAUCAAUAUAAUCAAUAAUUAUAAAAGUGACCCCUUAAUUCAUGAAACAUUGCUGCUUAAUAUUUAAGACAUUUUCCAGUGCUUUGGGGAGCACAAAUGAAACUCCAUUUACCUCCAUUUAAAUUGGUAGCAGCAAACAUUUUAGAGGUGGAGAUCAACACAUCUGGGUCAACAAACUCGGUAAAAAG